UCCAGGGCGUAGUACGUGUUUCUUAAUCAUGUAAGAACGGGCACUACGCCCUGGACUAGAGCUAACCCACUCACUGGGAGCCUACUGGAGAUGGUUGAGCUAAAACGGAGGUCCAUAAUUUGAGUCAUCUGUUUCCACUGCUGAGUUCGCAGCUCUGGUCUGCUGCUCACUAGCCGUCUUCGGGUGGAUGUAAGCAGCCCUAGGAGACUUUCUAUUAGCGAAAAAUACGUAAUAUGAGUUUCGUAGAAUAUAUAGUGUUCUACCGCAACCUAUUGACGAAUUCGAGUUUACUUUUCGCACUUUCAGUGCACGUGCAAGGGCUGGUAUUUGGUUGCUAUAGUUGCCAGCUGUUUGACGUUUAAGCCUUUCCAUGGAGAAGCCCCUAUUCACUCUACUCUACAUCUGUAUGUGAGAGAGAGAGAGAGAGAGAGAGAGAGAGAGAGAGAGAGAGAGAGAGAGAGAGAGAGAGAGAGAGAGAGAGAGAGAGAGAGAGAGAGAGAGAGAGAGAGAGAGAGAGAGAGAGAGAGAUAGUGUUUCUGUGUAUUUGUCCUGUCUGAGUGUGAUUGUCUGCCUAUGAUUGUUGGAGCGUGUGCGACUGGGUCUCUUGUGUGUGUGAUUGUUUGAUUGUGUGUGUGUCUAUGUAUAUCCCUACCACCCGUAACUUCCACUUGAAGAACAUGUUGCCACCUGUGAGGAGAGACCGCAUCAUCGCUCAGCUUCCAGAGUGUUUUACCCCAGCUGCAGCGCUACACACUAAAGAUGUCUUCCACUCACAGGUCAAGGCUGCCUGUCAGGGGCAAAAGACGGGCGCAGUGGGCUUUAACAUCGCCAAGGUGAUUGUGGUAGGGGAUGUGGCAGUUGGGAAGACAUGUCUAAUCAGCAGGUUCUGUAAGGACUCGUUUGAUAAGAACUAUAAGGCCACCAUCGGAGUGGAUUUUGAGAUGGAGCGGUUUGAGGUGUUGGGGGUGCCCUUCAGUUUACAGCUAUGGGACACAGCGGGUCAGGAGAGGUUCAAGUGCAUCGCCUCCACAUAUUACAGAGGAGCACAAGCCAUCAUAGUGGUAUUUGACCUGAGCUGUGUGACCUCUCUGGACAACGCCAGGCAGUGGCUGGAAGAUGCUAUGAAGGAGAACGAUCCCUCCAGUGUUCUGCUGUUCCUGGUCGGAACCAAGAAGGACCUCAGUUCUCCUGAUCAGUUGGCCUACAUGGAGCAGGAGGCCAUUAGACUGUCAGAGGAGAUCAGAGCAGAGUACUGGACUGUGUCUGCUAAGUCAGGGGAGAGUAUUAGGGAGUUUUUCUUCCGGGUAGCGUCUCUAACCUUUGAGGCCAACGUGCUGGCAGAGCUCGAGAAGAGUGGGUCCAGACGUGUUGGUGACAUUAUCAGAAUCACAGAGAGCACAGAAGAAGAGUACAAACCCACCAAGAGAAAAGCAACCUGCUGCUGAUGGGGAAGGAUACACUUCACUACACAGGACAACACUACACAGGACAACACUACACAGGGCAACACAACACAGGACAACACUACACAGGGCAACACUACACAGGACAACACUACACAGGGCAACACUACACAGGACAACACUACACAGGGCAACACUACACAGGACAACACUACACAGGACAACACUACACAGGGCAACACAGGACAACACUACACAGGGCAACACUACACUACACAGGGCAACACUACACAGGGCAACACUACACAGGGCAACACUACACUACACAGGGCAACACUACACAGGGCAACACUACACAGGGCAACACUACACUACACAGGGCAACACUACACAGGGCAACACUACACAGGACAACACUACACAGGGCAACACAGGACAACACUACACAGAGCAACACUACACUACACAGGGCAACACUACACAGGGCAACACUACACAGGGCAACACUACACAGGGCAACACUACACAGGGCAACACUACACUACACAGGGCAACACUACACAGGACAACACUACACAGGACAACACUACACAGGACAACACUACACAGGACAACACUACACAGGACAACACUACACAGGACAACACUACACAGGGCAACACUACACAGGGCAACACUACACAGGACAACACUACACAGGACAACACAGGACAACACUACACAGGACAACACUACACAGGGCAACACUACACAGGGCAACACUACACAGGACAACACUACACAGGACAACACUACACAGGACAACACUACACAGGGCAACACUACACAGGGCAACACAGGACAACACUACACAGGACAACACUACACAGGACUACACAACACAUAACACUACACAGGGCAACAUAGGACAACACUACACAACACAGGACAACACUACACUACACAGCACAACACAACACAGGACAACACUACACAGGACAACACUACACAGGACAACACUACACAGGACUACACAACACAUAACACUACACAGGGCAACAUAGGACAACACUACACAACACAGGACAACACUACACUACACAGCACAACACAACACAGGACAACACAGGACAACACAACACAGGACAACA